GAAUAAUGUGUCGUUAGGAAUGAAAGAAUCUGGUGGGUUUCAGUAUAUUGAUCGUGAUCGGUUACUUUUGGCUGUUCAAAUAGCAAAACGGGAUGCUAGAUACUUAUCAUCUAGUAAAAUUGAAGACGAUGAAUACAUUCAUGAAACAGCUCAAAAUUUCAACAACAGUUCCCUUUUGUCUCCAGUUGACAAUCGUCCUGUCCAAAAACCAACCCAAGUUAUUAGAAGUACUGAUCAGAAGUAUAAAUCAAUCUUGAGUAAACCUAGAAUACUUCCCUCAAGAAAUGACUUCUAUCAGACUACACGCAAACUUGCAACUAAUACGCAUUAUCAAACAUUUGACGACAAGGCACCAGCUUGUAGUGAUUCUCCUCCAAUACGGGAUACAGAUACCUGGACUCCGAAUCGUAAACGUGCUCUUCAUGAACCAACUGAAAAGCAGCUCAGAAAUUCACAGGAAUCUAGAAUACGUCAACUACAAGCCAAGUUAUCUCAAUAUUCAGAUGCAUUAGAAGAUCUUCGGGCAAAGUGUUUGUCAAAUAAUGCUCAAUCUCAAGAAUUAGGAUCAACUUGUAAAGUAAAAAAGAAGUCACUUUUAAAAAUCCCUGCAAAUCCUUCAAAAUCAGUAAUCUCAUCUAUUAUACGUCCAAAAUCAUCAGCUUUACGUUCUCACUUAGUUUGUAGACCGAAUACACGAAAUUCUAGUAAAAUAAUAAAAUCUCAUUCAUUUAAUGGUGUCAACCUAACUCAUGAUGAUUGUCCAAUGUCUCCAACGUCCAUUUCAACCAAUGCUAGAGAUCAUUAUGAUUCAAAAGUAUCUUCACUUUGGGAACAAGCUAUUAAUUCACUGAACUUAGGUGGGUCUAGUGCUGUUACUUGUCAACCUGGAGAAUAUCUAAAGAACCAGAGUCCAGUGAAAUCCUUGUGUGGAAUUACUGAUGACCAACAUAUUCAGAACUCAUCUAACCAGCUUACCAUCAACACGAUAAAAUCAGAUCUUGAUGAUUGUCGCGUACUUUGUUCUGCUGCUCAAGAACUUUUAAAACAAAUUGAUGAAGCUGAAUUAGAAGAGAAUGCUAUUCGUCAACGAUGGGCUAAUAAAUUAACUUGUAUUCAUGAUGACAGAAGAUUGCUGAAUAAUUUUCCUCUUACCAAGAAAGAUGAUUCAGUAUGCAAACAUUAUAAAUCAGAUGUGCUUUCAUUGUCGAAUGAUAGAUCUCAAUUUCAACAAAACGAUAAGUCACUUAUCCAUCCUGAUACUUCAACGUUUCAAUUUCCAAAAAAUGAAGUUUACUCGAAGGUGAAAUCAGAUUGUAAUCAUGUUGAUAAGAAAUCCAGUCCUCUUGCUCACUUUCAUCCACUUAUUCUUCCGGUUAAAUUACAUCGUCAGUUAUUGCAGUCAAAAAUCAAACGAGAUGUACAUGCUAAAAACAUUUGGUUUUAUUUACUUCCUACCACAACUUUUAACAAUUUACCAGAUAUUCCCGUUAUUCGUGUCUGUGAAGACCUUACCAAUGAUUUAAUUCAAGAAGCAGUUGAUGAACUAUAUCAGACUAUUGAUCGUGCAGCUUCUGAAUUAGUCAAUGAAUUAAUUAAAGCGGAACUUUUCCCAGAAGCACCUGAUAUAACCUUAUCAUUUGACAAGUGUGAUGAUGAUCCACAUGGUUCGUCUACACCUGCAUUGUUUCAUCAAUCAGAUUUAAUGGUUCAUGAGUUCGAUGCUCCGGUGGUAUAUAAAAACUGUAGUGAAAACCAAACGACCUCUAAUGUUACGUCGAUACUUGAAAUUGAACAUGAAGCUAGCAUUUCUAAUGACGAAUCAGUAAAAAGUCUGUCAAAUUCUGAACAUACUUGUAGUAUUAGUGAAGAUAUCAGCGAAAAAUAUACUUCAGAAUUCGAAGAUGAUACUGUUUCUUAAUUAUAAAAUUUUAGGUACAUUGAAGUGACUUUAAAAUAUGUUCCUCAAGGACUGUAUUUCUCAUUACUUGAAAUUAUCUACAAUUUCCUCUUUUAUGCUAAGAAAAAAU